AUGUCUUCCACGCUGGCACACGAGAUUCCAGUGAACGUGCGUUGUCAUUGUGGGCAUGUUGCCUUCAAUCUCAAAGUCCCGAAGGAGAUGUUUCCGCUCAAAUCAAGCCUCUGCCAUUGCAGAUCCUGCCGUCAUGCUACGGGACAACUAUUCGCAACAUUCGCAGUCAUACCCACCGCCAUACCGAGCGAGAUCCACCAAGACAAUUCUGAUAGUCUAGCAGUGUAUCGAUCUUCUUCCACGAUAUUGAGAUUCUUUUGCAAGAACUGCGGAGCAAGUAUUGCCAACUUUGACUCUGCCGGUGACGGGGAAUGCGAGCUUGCGACCGGAUGUCUCGACUUCCCAGGUGAGAUAUCUGGUCAUGAAUACAAGCUCAACAGGGUCCAACUCUGGGUCGAGGAUGUUAAAGGUGAUGGGGGUGCGGCCGGAUGGAUCAAUGCAGGAAAAUUGGCUGGUAUGGAUCGACACUGGAGAGGGAGAGAUUCUCCGAUGGUCAGUGAUGCCAAUAUUGAGGGUAUCCUUGCAGGUGAACACGGAGAGCAGCCAAUUAGAUCGUCAGGUGAGUCUGAACACCGUGGGCGAGACGAUGAGCUGAAUUUCCGUUGUCACUGUGAUAUCGUCUCCUUAAACAUAAGCAGACCUGAUGAGCAGUACAACCAAGCCACGGGGAAGUUUGAGAGUGGCCUUGACGCGUGCACAUCCUGCCGGUUGGUGACUGGCUUUGAGAUCACAGGCUGGGCCAGGGUUCCCCAGGAGUUGAUCAAUACUCCAGCACCAAGUUUCAAUGCCUACCUCGCGGACAGGUCGAGGCUGAAACACUAUAAGACGUCUGCAGACGUGAGUCGGUAUUUUUGUGGGACUUGCGGCGCAACGGUCUUCUAUCAAAAGCACGGACUAGACACGAUUGACAUUGGCAUUGGGCUACUCGACCCACCAAAUCCCGAAGAUGCUAGGGCCGAGGACUGGCUCGUUUGGCAGAAGUAUCCUACGGGCAUGAGCUAUCCUGAAAAUGCCAUCGACCAAAAGUUUGUCAAGGAUCUCGCAGAUGGACUGAGAUCUCACAAAGGCGCAGGAGAUGUGUAG